AUGCUUCCGCUGCUCUACUGCUGUCGCGCGCCCCGGGCGCGCGACCCUAUCUUCCUGCCGCGCGCUCGGAGCGCGCGGCGUUUUUCAUCCCGCCGUGCGCUCGGGGCGUGCGGCGGUUUUCUGCCCGCCGUGCGCCCCGAGGCGCGCGGCGGUUUCCUGGCCGUCGUGGCGCCCCCGGGGACCUGCGCGCUGCCCCCCGUCGUCCUCCUCCCGUCGCCUCGUCGCGGCGCCCUGGGGGCCCGCGCGCCGGCCCCUCCCGUCGCCUCGUCGCGGCGCCUUGGGGGCCCGCGCGUCCCCCCCCUCCCGUCGCCUCGUCGCGGCGCCUUGGGGGCCCGCGCGCCGCCCCCUCCCGUCGCCUCGUCGCGGCGCCUUGGGGGCCCGCGCGCGGCCCCUCUCGUCGCCCGUCGAGCCGCCCUCGGGGGCCCGUGCGCGCCCCCCCCUCCCGUCACCCGCCGUGGCGCCCUCGGGAGGCCCGCGCCCUGCUUCUUCGUGGUGCCCAGGAGACACCCCGCCGCCUCCCUUUCCCUCCGUGAACCGCCCCUGCUGUUUCCCGCGCUCCUGCCUGCGUUAGGGUUUGGGGGUGGCGGGCAUGGGGGUGACCGGUCUUCAGCCGUCGUCUCCCAUCUUCUCUCCCUUCACAAUUCCUCCUCCUCCUCACUUGCCCUCUGUGAUCGCAUCUAG